AUGCCUGCCGACCAUAAAAAUUCCCAUACCAAAACAAAGCGGGUGCCGCGUCAAACAACAACGAAACCCACCAGUUAUUACGAGGGAGAGUCGUCCGACGGUGACCAGACUCAGGACCAUGAUAUUAUAAUGCAAGACACAAUUUUGGAUGGUAGUGACUCACAGUUUGCCGUGGAAACAUUAAAGACCGAAGAAGAUGAGGCAAUUAAAGGAAUCAAGACUGAGCGUGAAGAUGCAGAAUCUUCAGCAACAAACUCUCGUGCACAACUUGACCAAGAUACUUUAAAAACCCGACACACCAUACAACUCCGGUUACAUGCCUUAGAAGCGGAGUUCAAAAAGAAACGUGAUGAGAUAUUUAAUGAACAAUUAAAACAUAUCGAUGAAGAAAUCAAGGCUAUACGAGAAGGUACGCAUCCCGAAUUCGAAGAACGCCUGCAACAAAUUAUUGAUAAGCGAGAGCAAAUGCUCGAGCAGCAUGCAUUGGCAUUAAGUUAUCAACGUCAAUGUAUACAAAAAGAAUAUGAAGCCGAAACACAACGUCUUGAAGAAUCUUAUCAGGCGCAACGUCAAGCAGUCAAUGACAGAUUAAUUGCAGAAGUCGAAGAAAGAAAAAGAAAACUUUCAGAAGAUUAUGAAAGUUAUGACAUACAUAAUGAUGUUGCUAUGGACGGCACUAUGAGGACUCAUACACAACGAAGAUUGCGGACCAGGACGACACAAGAGGUUGAAGUUAAAGUAAAGAAACAAAAAAUGUCAGAUAUCCUUUUCUUAGCAUCUUUUGAUCAAGUUGAUUCUUUUAUUUUAUUUAUCGGUUAUAUCCUUAACAGUAGUGCCGUACGACCUUCCGUGUCAUGCAAGCUAUGUGACAGUGACAUUAAUGAAGACUUGACUGAAAUAGGCUUGGUAGAGACUGAUUUACCGAUUAUUUGUUGUUGUAUUUACGUGUUAUAA